AUCACCACUCGAUUCUUCAACGAUGAUAACUGAAAUAGAUUGUCGUCGUCUUCCAAAAGUGGAGCUGCAUGCCCACUUGAAUGGCAGCAUAUCGUUGAAAACGAUAGAGAAACUGCGCUAUAUGAGGUCAACGCCUGUGGAAAAUGGAGAUCAUGGGAAUUGCUUAGCACUUACGCAACCGACCACCAUGGACGACUGUGACGGUGUUGUAUAUCUGGAGCUUAGAUCCACGCCCAAAACCACUGCUGAAAUGUCAAAGAAGGAGUAUGUAGGAGGGCAUAGCACCUAUGACGGCAGUCUGUCGAAAGAGGCUCCAGGAAACCUUGGAUAUUUGCUGUUGGCUGACGACAUGGAAGAGUGCUUCUAUGUCAUAGCUCUCAUCUGGGAGGUUAGCAAUCAAUUGGAGGAGGUGGACGAAUUUUUGGCUCUCCGUCCAGAUCGUAUUGGACACGGCACAUACCUGCAUACUAGUGAGAAUUUUGUGAAGCAGUCGUCGAGCAGCGAAUUCCACUA